AGUCUUGUUCAAGCUUUGGAUUGUUAAUGAAGCGUUUUUAUCUAAUUCUCGUGGAGAAAUUAAUUUUAAAAUCAACAUUUUCUGGAUUAUCAUUGAAAAUAAGUUUAAAAUAUUAGAGAAAAAUAUUAAAAUUGUUAUUUAAGUGACUUUAAAGACUGGAUAUUUAUAUGAAAACAAACGAAAUUCUAGGAAAUGAAAGUUUUGUUAGUUGCUAACACGAAAGAGUCAUAAAAAUUAAAAACCCAAGAAAUAAGUACAGAAAACAUGUUGAGUAUGAAUGAUUACUCAUCAAAGUGAGCAAACACAGAAGUUGAUAAUUUUAAUGACAAAUUCAACGACGAAGCUUCGUGAAAGUUAAAAAGUUAACACCUAUCUUAAGACUGAUUUCUUGGCCUUCCCACGAAACGAUUAGUUUUCAUCGGAGUCUUCAUCGACUAGUUGCCUUAACUCGAUUUCAUCCGUUUACGGUUCCAGCCUACAAAGCCGUCAAAAUUCCGUCGAUUAUCAAAAAUCCCGGCAGUAAAAAGAUGGCCGGUACCGGAGAUAUCAUGAUUCAGCUUUUUUCUUGCUGCAUGCAACAGCAGCCGAGCCCAACAAGAAGACGCCAUCAACGUUUGAGAAUCGAUCGAUCAAUGAUUGGCAAUCCGACGAACUUCGUUCAUACAGGCCACAUUGGAUCCAAUGAAGCUGAAUUGUCAUCCCAACAUUUGACAAUCCUUCAAAGUCAAAUGCAAAGUAAAGGCGGAUAUGAGAUAAAUUCAUUGCGAAUGCAGCAAGCAUGCUGAUAAGCAUCUCCAACAUUUCAAUAAAUCUCAGCCAAUUUACAGCGCAUCGUAUCGUAAAGCAUUCUAGUGUUAAGUUAAUUUAAUGAUUCACGAUAACUUCUCAGUGUAAAUAUGAAACUUGAUAAACAUUAGAAGAACUUACAAGUUGACGCGAAUCCGGUAGCUUCCACGUAAUCAUUAAAAAUUUCUUGGAUUUAAUUUAUUUUUAAUAAGUUAAGAUUAUUUUCAAUGAUAUUUUUAAAUAUUUUAUGUACUUACUAUCUGAUCCACUCAACUUUAUGAUGAUAUUUCAGCCAUUUUUUAUGUAAUCAUCUUACUAAAUUUAAAAUUUUCUUGACAUUAAAAAAAUUUCUUGUGAUUUUUUCUGAUAACUUGUUUCAAGUAUUUGAUUUAUAAUUCAAUUUAUGUACAUAGUUCCUUGGUUAGUCGCUGGAAUAAGUUCACACAAUAGAUUUUAAACAAUUUUNUUUUCCUAAAUCGAUGAAUUUGACAAGACUUGAAGAAAGGAUUAAGAGGAAUUGUAGUUAUGAGUAAGAUUUAAUUUAAAACUCAAUCAUAACAAUUCCAAGGAAAUUUA